UAAAUAGCUGUCUCAAAGCAAAAAAGUGAAAAUGAAAAUGAAGGUCUGCUCCAGGCUGAGGUGGAAUGGGUGCCUUGCAGCACAACUAGUUCAGCUCAAGGAGCGUUUAUGGGGUGCUUAUUGCAUGCUAGGAGCCAUGCUGGCUUCUGGGGAUCAAAAGAUGAGUAAGUCCUGCACCUGCCCUGCCAUCAAGGAGUGCAUGGUGGGUCGUUUCAGUCUAACGUGGCAAAAACUGUGAUAGAGAAACCCUGGAUGGGCGGAGAAGAGUGUUUUAGGGAACGGGGUGGCUUGAACCAAGGUCAGGAUGAGAGAUCUGGGGAGGAGCUAGGGGACUGGCUGAGUGGCCAUCCUGGAACCAGGUUGAAUUGUGUCCUUGGGAGUUUCUCGGGCUACGAGGACAGGUUGAUGUUGGAGUGACCAGUGCAGGGCUGUCACCAGCUGUUGGUGAGUGGACAAUGGCUGCCUAGGACACAACAGAGGAAAAGGAAUGAGCUGCUAAAGGGCAGAGUGUUUGUGAAAUGGUAAUACAGGUCACACUUCCUGAACCAAACUGGGCCAGUUGGGGAUUCUUAGACUCUGGGACUAAAGACAACAGUCUCCUCUGCUGCUCCAUUCAGCAUGGCUUCAACCUCAAGAGACGCCACUGGUGAGAGGGAGGCCCGCUCCAAGCUGAAGUCCACUAAGCUGCUUGAGUUUCUCAGUGCUCUAGAGGAAGAAGAGUGUGGCAAUGACGGGGAGGAGAUUUUCAUCUCGCCUCCUGAGAAUGCUGCGGAGGACUUCACCGACGAGGACUCGGGUGAUGAGGAUGGCCGGCGAGGCGCUUACCUGCCCGCGAGCAUGCUGCAUGUCUCUGUGGUGUUGGAGGACUCUGGCACUGGGGAGGACAGUGAUGAUGCGGAGGUGCAGCCGGCGAAGAAGAGGCAGAAGACUGGCCUCGGGUUGCAGCGGGUUUGGACCAAAAGAGAUAUCCGACCUGACUUUGGCAAUUGGACAGCAUCAGAUCCUCAUAUCGAGUAUCUCAAAAGCCAGGAGCUGAGUCCUGUGGGCCUCUUUGAAUUGUUUUUUGAUGAAGGAACCAUUAAUUUCAUUGUUAAUGAAACCAAUCGUUAUGCUUGGCAGAAGAAUUUCAACCUGGGUCUCACAGCCCAAGAGUUGAAGUGUGUUUUGGGCAUUUUGAUUUUAAGUGGGUAUAUCUGCUAUCCAAGGAGAAGAAUGUUUUGGGAAACAUCUCCUGAUUCACAUCACCACCUUGUGGCUGAUGCAAUUAGAAGGGACAGAUUUGAGCUGAUCUUCUCAUACCUGCAUUUUGCAGAUAACAGUGAACUCGCUGAAACUGAUAGGUUUGCCAAGGUCAGGCCUCUCAUUGUCCGGAUGAACUGUAAUUUCCAGAAACAUGCGCCCUUGGAAGAGUUCUACAGCUUUGGCGAGUCCAUGUGUGAGUACUUUGGGCACGGGGGGUCCAAGCAGUUGCACGUGGGAAAACCCGCCCGGCUUGGCUACAAGAUCUGGUGUGGGACAACCAGCAGAGGCUAUUUAGUGUGGUUCGAGCCCUCUCAGGGCACACUGUUCACCAAGCCAGAUGAGGGUUUGGAUUUAGGAGGCAGUAUGGUGAUAAAAUUUGUGGAUGCACUUCAGCAGCGAGGCUGUCUGCCAUACCACAUAUUUUUUGACAAGGUUUUUACAAGUGUCAAGCUGAUGUCCAUCUUGAGGAAAAAGGGGGUGAAGGCCACAGGAACUAUCCGUGAGUACAGGACUGACAGAUGUCCCCUUAAAGACCCUAAGGAACUGAAAAAGAUGAAGAGGGGCUCAUUUGAUUACAAGGUUGACGAGAGUGAGGAGAUCAUUGUGUGCCGCUGGCACGAUAGCAGCGUGGUCAACAUCUGCUCCAACGCUGUGGGCAUAGAGCCGAUGAGGCUGGCGAGUCGGUGCUCGGGAGCAGCCAACGCGCGGACCCAGGUCCACCAGCCGUCACUGGUGAGGCUGUAUCAGGAGAAGGUGGGGGGUGUCAGCCGGAUGGACCAGAACAUUGCCAACUACAAGGUGAAGAUACGGGGCAUGAAGUGGUACUCGAGCUUCAUUGGCUAUGUCAUUGAUGCCGCCCUCAACAAUGCAUGGCAGCUGCACAGGAUCUGCUGCAGAGACGCCCAGGUGGACCUCCUUGCGUUCCGGAGAUACGUGGCCUGUGUGUACCUGGAGAGCAACGCCGACAUAUCAUCUCAAGGGAGGCAAAGCAGGAGGCUGGAAACCGAGAGCCGCUUCGACAUGAUCGGCCACUGGAUCAUCCACCAGGACAAGCGGACCCGGUGUGCCCUGUGCCACUCACAGACCAACACGCGGUGUGAGAAGUGCCAGAAGGGCAUCCACGCCAAGUGCUUUAGGGAGUACCAUAUCCGGUGAUGCCAUGGGAGGGUGGGGCAGGACCACUGAGGGCACUGAAGGGCUCCUUCCUAUGCCCAGUAGGUUAUUUUGGUUUAUAAUAAAAUGUUUACAACUCGUCA